GCCUGCCUUACUGGAGAAAGCUUAUGCCAAGGUGUGCGGCUCCUAUGCUGACAUGCAUGCUGGUUGUGUAUCUGAGGCUCUGCUGGACUUCACCGGUGGCAUCCAUGUGUACUUCAAACUGAAACAAACUUCCACUGAUUUGUGGAGCCUGAUGGACCGUGCAGCCAAAGCAAAGGCCCUUAUGGGCUGCAGCACUUCUCGUGGGGAUACAUCUGCAAACACAGUAUUACCCAAUGGCAUCGUUCAAGGCCAUGCAUAUACAGUGACAGGGGUUUUCAAGGUAACAUCCCAAGGAGAACCAGUAAAGCUGGUGAGAGUGUUGAACCCUUGGGGAAAAGGCGAGUGGUCCGGUGCCUGGAGUGACAAGUCAUUAUUGUGGAACAAUGUGAGUGAAAGUGACCAAUCCAAUUGUCGUUCUUCGGCCAUUGAUGGGGAGUUCUGGAUGUCAAUGGAGGACUUCACUGAAAACUUCAGGGACAUUGAUAUUUGCUGCCUUAGUCCUGAUUUUCUGAACAGUUCCUCUAAAUACAGCUGGACUUCCACAUGCUAUUAUGGCAGCUGGGAUGCUGGAACUACAGCUGGUGGCCGCCCCUGUAAUAAAGAGACUUUCUGGACAAACCCUCAGUUUCGGAUUAGGAUUGAGGUUCUUGAUGAGGAAUGUGCUAGAGGCCAGUGUCCUGAAAACAUACUGGUGUCCCUCAUGCAGAAACAUGAAAACAGAUACAGAAGUCUUGUUUCUAACUACUCCAUCGGCUUCAGUGUUUUUGCGAUACCACCAGAGAUGAAAGAUGAGAAGUUCCCAGCCAAGUUCUUCUAUAAUAAACGUCAUGUGGAAGCUAGUGAGAAAUUUACCAAAGCAAGACAUGUGAUGAAUUUAUUCAAGCUUGAACCAGGAGAGUAUCUCAUUGUACCAUCCACUCUAAAUCCUAAUGAGUGUGCAAAAUUCAUGCUGUCCAUCUUCUUAAAGAGUGGAUCCCUUAAGAGAAAUUAAGGAAUCAUUAAGGAACAAUCAGUGGGACACCAGUUGAAUGGAAAGACACCAGUGCAUUGAUUUUAUAUUAGUUAUUUUAUUUUCAUCACAUUAUUGCAAAACCUUAGUGAAAAAAUUUUUUGCUUUCAGUCCCUGAUCAUGUAAUUUUACAUGAAUAUAUAGACAUUGCACUUCAUGUCUGUUUUACAAAUGGGGUUUCUCAAAAUCAUUGUUUAAUGCAUAGGUCUAAAUAGAAUGUUGUGCAUACACACACUAUGCUUCAGAAUUCCAGGUUUAGAGGAAUACACCAAUGUUUUAUAAUUUUUGUCAUUUGAAACUAACAGCUUGAGUUUGUAUUCAUGUGU